GAUAAGAACAUAAGAACAUUCGCACGCUCCAAUUUUACUGAAGUGGCUUUGCGUGGCUGAUAAGCUCUAAGCUAAAGCAUCUUAGCUUUUUUGAAGUCGCGUGUGGAAAUUAUUCAACUCAGCCUUGUCAACGGACAAUUAUCCUACACAUUGUUCAUCCACAGACUCCAUCAUCGUAUCGAGUCUAUUCAACUACUUAUACGAAGUGGCGAAACACGUUAUAUCUUAGAUUUAUUGUCCUUCAUCUACGUAGGGAAGGCAAGGCCACUGCGCCUAAGUCCGUCGCGCAUUCUAGCGAAAGAGGCAUCCGCCAACGGAAACAGACAAGAUGGCGGCUCCUAAGAUGACGAAGAAUCAGAAGCGCAGGGCGAAGAAGAAGGCAGACAAACAGGCAAAACCGGAGGACACUCCUAAAGCCGAUGACAGUCCCCAGGUUGAACCGAGUGAGGAUCAAUCGAAACCGGCGACUGAUGUGUCUGAGAAGACUGACACCGCAGAACUCGACGUUAAGAAGACACCUACUGCGUCAGAUAAGAUACCUGCCGAUGGACCCGCCGAUGGACCCGCCGAUGACGAUGAAGACUACGGUUUCGACCGUGAAGAUCCCGCCUAUUCCAUGUAUAAGGAUAUUUUUACCAAAUUUGGCGUGUCGAGAGAGGAAGACGACAUCGCAAAAGAGGCCAACGCUGGCAACCAGGGCGAGGUUUAUUUUGAUGACGAUAAUGAUAUACCUGACGAGGAAGAGGAGAGAGGCGCGCAGCCUAAGCUAUCCAAGAAGAAGCGGAAGAUGCUCAACAAGCUUUCUAUUGCAGAGCUGAAGGCGUUGGUGAGGAAGCCGGAGGUUGUGGAAUGGCAUGAUACAUCAUCGUCAGAUCCUCGAUUGUUAGUGCAGAUCAAGGCGCAACGAAACGUGGUUCCAGUCCCUUCCCAUUGGUCGCUGAAGCGCGAGUAUCUUUCGUCCAAGCGAGGUAUCGAAAAACCUGCGUUUAAGUUACCCAAGUUUAUUGCAGAUACGGGCAUCGCGGAAAUGAGAGAUGCUGUGCUAGAGAAGCAAGCAGAGCAGACUUUGAAGCAGAAGCAGCGCGAAAGAGUGCAACCGAAAAUAGGCAAAUUGGAUAUUGACUAUCAGAAGCUUUACGAUGCUUUCUUCAGAUUUCAGAGCAAACCUCAGCUGACGCGCUUUGGAGAGGUUUAUUACGAAGGCAAGGAGUAUGAGACAGAUUUACGACAUCUCCGGCCAGGAGAGAUCAGCGACCCCCUCAAGGAAGCACUAAGCAUUCCUCCCGGUGCUCCUCCGCCUUGGCUCAUCAACCAGCAAAGAUUCGGCCCUCCACCUUCUUAUCCGUCCCUCCGCAUUCCCGGACUCAACGCCCCUAUCCCACCCGGAGCUCAAUGGGGUUUCAACCCGGGAUGUUAUGGCAAGCCGCCCGUAGACGAAUACAACAGGCCGUUGUACGGAGGUGAUAUUUUCGGUAUCAUGCAACCGUCUCAAACAGCGCCCCCGCCCGGUGAGCCUAUUGAACGCACGUUAUGGGGUGAACUUCAAGAGCCUGAAGAGGAGUCUGAGGAAGAGGAGGAAGAGGAAUCUGAAGAGGAGGAGGAUGAAGAGGAUGUUGGCGCUGGGUUGCAGACUCCGUCUGGCAUGGAAACUCCUGGUGGCUUGGCUAGCAAUGUGCCUACGGAGUACGGUACUGCUACCGAAUCGGUAGCCGGAGAAUUGGACCUACGAAAAUCUCGCCGUGGCUACGAGACAGAAGACAGCACUCAUCCUCGCGCAGCUUACACAGUCCUCCAAGAGAAGCAGGCCAGAGCCGAAGGUUUCUUUGGCAGCGAUCGCGUGUAUGAUCUCAAGAAUGCGGGUGGAGACAUGCGCGUUCUUGGCCAGGAUGACGAGGGCAGUCGAAAACGCAAGAAGCCUGGCGACGUAGACGUGUCUUUCGACCCGGAUGCGUUGGUAGACGGCAUUAGCAAGGAUGAAAUGCGACGAAGAUUCGAAGAAGGCCGGCGUGAGGAAGGCGUCGGUGCUAACUGGAGGAGAGAAGAGGGGCUUGACGAGAUGAUUGCGAACGAAAGCCGCAAGAGGUUGAAGCGGGACGAGGAGAAGAGGGAGGAAAAGAAGAAGUACAGGUUCUAAGUUGACAAGCUCCUUUUCGAGGGCCAGCAUCAACUUGGCGUGUACUCAAUAGUGUGUAGUAAUAAGGAUGAUCGGUGAUUCGUAGCACCAGAUAUUGGGGCGUCAAUUCAAUCGACAAUAAUAACUC